CGGAAGUACUAUGUUUGACUUCCUGAAAGUGACGCUGAGGGGCGAAAUAAACACACGUGGAAAAUGAAGCUCCGACUUCGACUUUAAGCACUGUUCCACGUCAGUUUUGUCAGGAUUCUUUAAAACGACUUAACAGAAAAUGGGAGACAAAGUGAAAAAGAAGACGAUUGUGGCGAGCAGCGAGGAUGAAGACUCUGACGUGGAGAAGAACUUUGCCCUCCUGACACGCAGACAAGGAGGGCAAGGAGGGAUUGAGGAGGGUGACCAUCGUGCCGAGGAAGAGGAGGAAGACGGUGCAGAAGAAGUUGGAGACGCGAAGGAAUCAGAAAGUGAAGAAGAGGAGGACGAUGGAGUCGACAAAAGUAGAAUCGGUAAAUCCUUUGAGGAGGACCUGAGUGACGACGAUGACAGUCCAGAUGGCAGUGAUGAUGAUGAUGAUGAAGAUGAUGAUGACGAUCGUGAUGGGGGUGGCAGCAGUGAGAUCCGGACAAAAGAAGACGUCAGAAAGGAACUGUCCACCAUGUCUUUUGAGGAAAUCCUGAAGCUUCAGAACAAGGUGGGAACCAAAGUUUACAACGAGGUCGCCUACGAUGGCGGCGGCGGCAAGAGUCAGAAGAGCAGCAAGAAGAAGCGUCUGAACAAGAACAGGCCCAUGGAGAUCUCGGCCAAGAAGCCGGCACCUUUCCUGCGGCAGGUCGUCCCGAUCAAAAAACCAGUGGUCAGAGACCCUCGAUUCGAUGACCUGUCAGGAGAAUAUAAACCAGAGAUUUAUGAGCAAACGUACAAGUUCAUCAACGACAUCAAACACAGAGAAAAGGAGAUCAUCCAGAAGAAGCUGAAGAAGACGAAGAAGAACAACCAGAAGGAGAAGCUGCAGUUCCUGCUCAAGAGGCUGGAGAACCAGGAGCGAGCGAGACAGAACCGAGAGAAGCAGAGAGAGAGGGAGCUGCAGUUCAAGAGGGAGCAGAGGGAGCGAGCCGACCAGGGAGCCCGCCCGUUCUUCCUCAAGAAAUCGGACAAGAAGAAACUUGAACUGGCAGAAAAAUACCAGGAUUUGAAGAAGAGCGGCAAACUUGACAAGUUUUUGAGCAAAAAGAGGAAGAGGAACGCCGGGAAAGACCGCAAAAAGCUGCCCAAAGAGCUGCAGGGCAAGAAGGCUUCCUGAAGCCCCCACUCAGCAAAAGCGGAGCAGGAAGUUUCAGGGCAGCGGAGGAAGAGGAGCAUCCUUUUCCUCUGUCACAGCAGACGGCACCUCAACACCUCGGCCUGCUGGUGGAGCUGUUGGACGUGUUUUACAGCACAGCUGGAGUUUGCCUCCAAAUAAUCGGUUUGGUGCAUUUCCUUUCAUAGCAAACUUCAAUUCUUCAUUUUUUUAAAUGUUCAAAACUAAUAAUUUCUCUUUUUAAACAGAGUUUGAAAACUUUAAACGGUGUAAAAGUUGUAAAUAUUGAACAUGGAUUGUUGAUCAGAUUGCGUUUAUUUCCCGUUUAGUUUGUUUGUCGUGUUUUUUGCACAAACUAACAACCAGGAAAGCUGUGUGACAAUAAAGACAAAGAAUUUCAGUGACUAAAAACUU